AUGGAUGAAAAGCUAGACCAAAACGCACAUGAGCGUGACACGAUAAUGCGAGAACAGCCCUUGCCGUUCCAAGAUAAUUCUGACGACGACAGCAACAAGGGAAAAAAUCGUGGCAGAAGUCGCUUACGCUCGAAUUCAGCGCAGGAAUCUCAACAUGAGCCGAUUUACUACGUAGUGGACCGAGGUCUUGACCUGCCACCAGGGGUUGAGCGUCCCAAUCUGUUUGAUGGGCACGCCAGUUCAUGGAGAAACUACAACGCCGACGAGAUUGGAGCCUAUAAUGCACUGAUAACCCACCGAACCAGAGAUCUGGCGGCUCACCUUUAUAAUGCCCAUGUGGUUAGCAAGCGAGCGCGGGAGACUGCCCGGAAGAAUCCUGGGGUCGUUGACAAAGCGCCACUUCGUGUGUACAAGCGAUGGGCUGCAUGGCCUGUUCAUGCAGCUACAGUUCCCCGCUCCAAUGAGAUUAUUCAGAGACGAACGGAUGCUCUCGAUAUUUUCCAAAUAGAACCUGAUCCCCGACCAAGUGCGGAAUUGGAAGAAUGCAUCACGGCGUUCAUACUGAAGACGUCCAAGGAGACAUUUCAAGCCCGAGAAUUGAAUUUCGAAGAAAUUGCAGAUAAUCCCCGGGAUAAGUUGGACGACGGGGAUGAACUGAUGGACGAUGAAAUAGAGAAAAAGGAGGAAGAGGAAGAAGAAGAAGAGCCUGUCGAUGCAAGAAUCCUCCGGCCGAUUGCCCUCCUCGACGACGACAAAUCUCUUCGUCAACUACGUCCGCUGGUCCGCAAUGUGAUCUCACAAGUAGACAGGUUGCUAUAUGGGCUCCAUUGCGCCAUGAAGGGUCGCAUGUUCGAGGAGGACUCUGGUGAUGAGCAAUGGAGUGAUUGGGACGAAGAAGACUUUGAGACUCUCGAGAGAAGCAGAAGUCGAUCGCGAGGUCGGAGAAGUGCUCGACGGGAGUCUCAGGAGCGGGAUUUAUCCCGCCGUUCGGACAGUGCACGCAUGUCCACUGGUCCAGAUACAGAAGAUGGAAACUUACCAGAAGUUUCCCAGACCCGAGCGCAAUCUCGCGACUCUUCCGCCGGUCCAAGUAUCAAUCAUCACACCAAGGGCCGACUCAAACUGCGAGACUGGAGUGAAGUCUUGGGACUUGCAUCGAUGAUGGGCUUUCCGACUCCCGCUGUAAUGCGUGCAUCAAAACGAUGCGCCGACCUUUUUGGUGAAGAUAUGGAAUUCCGAACACUGCCAGAAGGCAGGGUAAAAAAGAGGAGCAAGACAGGUGCAGAAGAAGAAUAUGCCUACACCGAAAGUGAGAGUGAAAUCGACUCGGUGCCACCAAGUCCUCAGCCAAUUCCCCCGCCAACCCCGCGACCAAAUCGCAGCCGGCUCAGCGUACCUGAUCUUGAGCCCACGGUCGCAGAGAAGAUUCCUACAGCCAAAGCGCAGAUAUCCAAGUCCAAGGCGAAGAUCCCCAAAUCCAAUCCAAAGACACCAAGCGGGCGACGCUCAAAGGCACACAAGACUCCUGCAAUCGUUCCUCCCUCCGCAUCCCCAUCCCCAGCCCCAGAGGAGCUGCCAGAACCAGCGGCAGGCUCUACUACAGAGAACACCGAAGAAGCCAUGGAUCAGGAGCCAAAGACGGCUAGACGGGGCGUUGGAAAAGGCCCUCAUCGGAAAGUGGAUAUUAUCUGCCCGAUUAGGACUUGCGCUCGACAUAGGAGCGGGUUUUCGCGAAAAUGGAACCUGAACCAACAUAUGAAAGUGGCUCAUGGCAUACAUGUUGCUCCUGGGAAUGAAGCCUCGAUUGAACAAGAUGGUCCGGUCAUCACAAUCGAAUAG